GACGAGGCCAAGCACAUCUGGGAGGUCAUACAGAGAGACUUCACCCUCAGGAAGAAAGAAGAGAGACUGGGGGAUCUAAAGACUAAGAUAGAGAAGGAGGACACUAAGAUUGAGCUGCUGGGGACUCAGACCACCCUGGUAGACUCUCACUGUAUCCGCUGUCUGCAGCCCUUCAAGUUCCUGGUCAACAGUAAGCGUCAGUGCAUAGACUGUAAGAUGUACACCUGCAAGGCAUGCAGCCGCUACAACAAGAAGGAUCACGGCUGGGUGUGCGACCCUGCCCGGAUGACAAGGGUCCUGAAAAUCGGAACGGUGGGAUGGUACCAUGACAACGUGCGCACCCGUUUCAAGCGCUUCGGCAGUGCCAAGGUGAUGAAGUCUCUUUACAAGCGACUCAAUGGAGAGGGUGGUCGUGAUAGUGACACACAAAGCAUGCCCGACUUCCAUGAUAGGUACAACGGUCAUGACGAGGACUAUGCAGAAGCAGAAGCGCAGCGAUACAAAAUGAUGCGCAAGAACAAGCGCCUGCUCUCUGUUCAUCCCAUGGACUUGGAUGUGGAUAUAGAAGAGUAUUUUCCACCCCACUCUCACACUCACUCUCGUCGACAAUCCUUCCAGCAGAUCCAGGAGGAGCGAGGCGGUGGUCGCCGGGGUGACAUGGAGUACAUGGACAUGCAGCAACAACAACACCGUAUGAACCGUAGGAAGAGCCUGGAUAGGUACAACAUGCGCCCUGACGAUGGACAGUAUGGGAUGGUGCGUGCCCGCUCCCUGUCCAAGAUCAGCUCCUCUAUGAACCGCCAGCACUAUGUGGACACGUCAGAAGAGGAGGAGGGAGGGCGCAACACCAUGUACCAGACCCCCCAUCGCCAACGCCCUUCCCACGGCCUAGUUGGCUCUCACGAGAACCUGCAGGUCCCCCCACAGCCACCGAUCAAUGCGCUAAACAAGCGCAUGUCAGCCAUAGAGAGUCUCCUCAACCGGCUGGAGUCCAAGAUGACCGUACCCCCCGAUGAUGAGGCGACGUCCCCGACCGCUGCACAGAUAGAGGAGGAGAAGCUGAGGAGGAAGCUGAGCGAGCUGGCGGGGAACAUCAGUGUUCCCUCCUCCGACGAGGAAGCAGGGGGAGGGAAGAAGAACCCUUUAUUAAAGAGGGCCGCUGUGAAGAGUACACCCCCAGUCCUCCCCCUGGAGCCCCUCAGCUCCUCCAGCGAUGAGGGUCCCACUGAGGCUCAACAGAGAUCCACUGCGGCAGCCCUCUGUGACAUCACCAAAGAGUUUCUAAGAACCAUUAAUGCCACUGAAAGCGCAAUGAACGAGUACCGCCCCUCAGUACCGUCUAAUGACAGCACCAUGUUAAUUGACAAGGCUGACGUAAGGCAAGCAGCUGAGUCUUACAGAGAACUUGAGGAAAAUGUGUACAUGACCUCAGGGAAGUCUUUUGACCUGGAGAAGAAGCUGAGGCAUCUGGAGCAGAGUGCCAAGAACCGCUUCGGAGGGGCCACGGACUCGGAGCUCUCUGAACUGGAGGAUGUGGUGGCGCUGACUGCACAUCGGGUCCAGAGCACUGAGAGUGAGGUGUCUGAUUUGGAGAACAAGCUUGCUGCUCUAAGUGCCUCAGGGAAGAAAAAGAUAUCAGGUUCGCAGAACAGGAAAAGGUUUAACCAAGACUUCCCCACAAAAACCAGCAAUGGCUCAGGAUCCCUACGGAAAUCAAAUCACAUGUAAAGGACUGUGUGACGAACAACCCAAUGAUACUGUAUGUAUUAACUUAGUUACUUAAAUCUACCUUAAACCUUAUCUGUCACUGAUCCACUGUAUAUCUGAUGCCACUCUCAUAUCCACAUUGCUACAGUAUGUUAAUGGUAUUCCACACCCACAAUGCACAGCAGCAAUGUAAUGUAAAAGCAGGAUACACAAUAACUAUGUUAAAUGCAAAAACAACCCUGGUUUACAGCCUGAAAAUCAUAUGCAUUCUAAAGUAUCCUCUCAGUCUCAGUGUAUCUCAUGUCUAAACUCAUGAAAAGAUCUGAUGUGAUUGGUCAAAAGGGCAAUUUGUGGAAAAAAAUAUCAGAAUUGGUCUUCCUGUCUGAACACAGCCUAAGUGUCCUGAUUUAAAAAAUGAAUCUUUGUGCCAUAUAGGCUACGUUCAAGCAGAGGCCAAAAUUGACUUUUUGUGUUAAAAUGGAGUUUGAUUAGUGAACACUGGUAAAGUGGUAGUUACUGAACACAAUCAUUACCUAGUCUAAUAAUUACCUUUUGGGUUCUAUGGGACUCUGAGAAACAAGCACCACGACAUCACCAAUUGUGUUAAAUUCAAAUCACAGAGUGUCUGUUGCAUAAAGUCUAACUGUAAGUCGCUCUGGAUAAGAGCGUCUGCUAAAUGACUAAAAUGUAAAUGUAAAUGUAAAGUCUUAGUAAAUAUCUUUCCG